AUGGAGCAGCUCGACCUCGAACGGCUGCAUACAGAGUUGCUCGACACGGUCGAAUGUCAGCUCUGCUACAACUUGCUCUACAAGCCGCUGACAACACCCUGCAGUCACACGUUCUGCCGUUCGUGCUUUUCGCGCAGCUUGGACCACAGUGAGAAGUGCCCGCUCUGCAGGUCGAACCUGCCGAGCUUUGCCUUCUUCCAAGAGCACCCUGGCAACCAGCUCCUCACAAACCUCAUCACCACGCAAGUCGAAGACCUCUACGAGGCGCGGAGGAUCUCGCUGGAGCAGGAGGAACGGGAUGCCUACAUGUCCACUUCGAUCUUUGUCUGCACACUCGCUUUCCCGGGCAUGCCCACCGUGCUGCACACCUUUGAGCCCAGGUACAGGCUGAUGAUACGGCGCUGUCUGGAGAGUGGCAACCCAAGGACGACGACUGGACCUGUUCCGAGGGUGUCGCCUUACGGCACCAUGCUCCAGAUCAAGUCGGUACAAAUGCUGCCGGAUGGACGAAGCAUGCUCGAAACAGUUGGCAGCUACCGCUUCCGCCUGCUGAAGAAGGGCUCUCUGGAUGGCUACACGGUCGGCCGCAUCGAGAAUAUUGACGACCUUUCGCCACCAGAACAAGCCGAUCUCGAAGCUUCUGCUUCGACUGCCGAGCUCGUAGACGUUUGCAUGACCUUCGUCGCCACGCUUCGCUUAGGCUCUGCACCAUGGCUCCUGACCCGGCUCAAUCACACAUAUGGCCCAAUGCCUGAGGCGCACGAGGUCGAGCGUCUUGGCUACUGGAUUGCCCUGAUAAUGCCCAUUGGCGAGCACGAAAAGGCCAAGCUUCUGCCCAUCUGUAGUUCGCGUCUGCGACUGCGACUCGUUGUACAUUGGAUCGAACAACUCCGCCAGUCGUCGUGGUGGUUCAGCAGUGGAUGCAACAUUGCAUAA